AUAUUCCGGCCAUUUUUCUGUUUCUUUAUGCCUGUUGUCUUCUCCAAAUUCUCAUCACGCCGUCCCCACCUCAGACAACUCCAUCACUUUCUCUCUCAUCCUUUUCUCUUGCCAUCUAAUUAACUAGCUCAUCCCACUACAACAUGCCAUGCUUCCUUGUUUCUAUCCCACUUCAUAUUCCACUUCUUCCUCUCAUGUAACUCUCUUUUCUUCAUUUUUAUAGAUGAAGUGUGAGGAAAUCAGCAUCCCUCCCUACUUCAGGUGCCCUAUAAGCCUCGACUUGUUCGAGGAUCCAGUCACUCUUUGGACCGGCCAAACCUACGACCGAUCAUGCAUCGAGAGAUGGCUAGCUGCCGGGAAUUCAACGUGCCCCGUCACAAUGCAGAAGCUCGUAGACUCCUCCAUGGUGCCGAACCACACGCUUCGCCAUUUGAUCCAAGAAUGGCUCCACUCCCACGGCUACUCUCUCGAUGACUGGGCUCACCCGGUUGCUAGGAUCAAGCAGAUCAUCGAGUCGGAUGAGUUUGAUUCGGAGACUAAGAUCACUGCCUUGGAAGACCUCCAUUCCCUCUCCCAAGACCUCCCUCACAAGAACUCUUGCUUGAUCACCUUCGGCUUCUUCGAGAUUCUGGUUUUUCAAAUAUUCAAGAAUGUGGGGAGGAGUGGUAGUUUGAUGCUUGUUGAAAAAGCUCUAUCGUCUGCUCUGAAUCUAAUGCCAUUUAGCGAGCUGGGGUCGUUGAAUAUAUUAAAACAAGACGAUAACUAUACAGUGAUGCUCUCUUUACUCGAAGAAAGCUCUGUAUUCAUCAAGAAUGGGCUGUGCCUUGUGAUCGAGGCAAUCUCAAGGGAGAGAAAGAUGAAGCCUCUCUGCGAGAAGCUCGGGAAUUCAGACAGAAUCGUUCGAGCAAUAGUGGAUAUGGUUAAGCAGCACGACUCCGAGGAGGCUAUCAGAGCGGUUUCAGCACUCUCUUUGUUGGAGUCGAACCGAGGGAACAUUGUGAGGCAUGGCGCGGUGGAAGGGCUCGUGGCGUGUUUGUCGAGCGCAGAGGCGCAGAGGAGAAGCGCGGCGGUGGGGGCGAUUGAGAAGCUUGUGGCGGAGAGGGGUGGGAGAGAGGCGGUGGUGAAGCAUCCAUGGGGGUUGAGGGGGGUGGUGAAGAUGGUGUUCAAAGUGUGUGAGCAUGAAGGGAGUGAGAGUGCGGUGAAUACGCUGUUGGUGUUGUGUGCGGAGAGCGAGGGGGCGAGGGAGAGGGCGAUUGGGGAAGGAGUGUUGACGCAGUUGCUGCUGCUGCUGCAGAGCCAGACCGGUUCGAGGACGAAAGCUAAGGCCAGGCUGCUGCUCAAGUUGCUAAGAUCCAAAUCAUCUGUCUUGUAGUAACUUGUCAUGUUUCCUGGUCUUGCCUUGUGUUGGGUUAUGCUUUUGUGCGGUGAGAAUGUAAUUUUGUAUCACCCAAUAUUUUGGUGCAAGUUGAAAUAUGGAUAGGAAUUGAUUGCUCCGAACUUCAUUCUUUUUA